AUGGAAGAGAAGAUAGAAGAACUCGAUGCAGAAAAGAAGGAUCUGCUGGAAAGCAUAACGGACCUCAAAGACCAGCUGGAGCAGCGAGACAAUGAGACAACAGAGAUGGAAGCUGCUGUUCUCGAGAAGUCGUCUGAGCCAUUAACCAGUUUGACAUCGUCGCAGCACUUAAGUGGAGGCGAUGCAAUCAAG